AUGGAGACAGAAAAGGGUAUGUCAUUGCAGGUUAUAUAUCUUGUUGGUUUAACUUUCAUGUUUUAUUUAUCACUUGCUGUUGCACAAGAGGAGCAAAACAACCUGCAAACAUAUAUCGUUUGGGUUGAAAAGCCGGUGUCCCAGAAUUCUUUUGCACAAUCUCAUGAAGAACUGGAGAGUUGGUAUCAGUCAUUUUUGCCUGAAACCAGUGAAAACUCAAAUCAGCUGAUGAAGCAAAGAAUGGUUCAUACAUACCGUAAUGUGGCCAUAGGGUUUGCAGCAAAACUGAUGCCAGAGGAAGUAAAGGCAAUGGAAAAGAAAGAAGGGUUUGUGUCAGCUCAUCCCGAGAGAAUUCUGCCUUUGCAGACUACUCAUAGUCCUGACUUCUUGGGUUUACACCAAGGGUCGGGACUAUGGGAACAAACAAACUAUGGUGAAGGUGUGAUCAUUGGAGUUUUGGAUACUGGUGUUGCACCAUAUCAUCCUUCAUUUAGUGAUGAAGGAGCUCAAGCAAAGGGAAACCUACAGGGAGCGCUCCAUUUGACCAAGAUGGCCAUGGCACCCACACUUCUAGCCGCUGGAAAUUUUGUGGAAGGCGCAAACGCAUUUGGAGUGGCGAAUGGCACAGCUCUUGGCAUGGCGCCUUAUGCUCACUUGGCCAUUUGCAGAGUCUGCGACUUUGAUUGUGCUGAAGGUGACAUUUUGGCGGCAAUGGAUGCUGCUGUUGAAGAUGGCGUGGACGUGCUCUCCCUCUCACUUGGCGCUGGAAACUCUGGUCCUUACCAUGGUUCUUUAUCAAAUGAGGCCCCAUGGAUUCUCACUGUUGGAGCAAGCACCACAGACAGAAUAUUAAACUUAACCUCAACACCUACAUCCACAAUCUUGUUCAAUGGCGCCACAUCAGAUCCACUCGCUCCAAAGGUCGCUACCUUUUCAUCAAGAGGACCAAAUACAGCAAGCCCUGGAAUUCUGAAACCUGAUAUCAUUGGACCCGGUGUUGACAUCCUAGCUGCAUGGCCUGUUUCUGUGGACAAUGCCACAAAGUCUAAUGCAACAUUCAACAUAAUUUCGGGUACUUCAAUGUCAACUCCUCACUUAAGUGGCAUUGCAGCCUUGCUCAAGAGCUCUCACCCUGACUGGUCACCAGCUGCAAUCAAAUCUGCCAUCAUGACAAGCGCCAAUGUACUGAACCUUGCAGGGUUGCCCAUUGUUGAUCAAAGACUUAAUCAGGCAGACGUAUUUGCAAUUGGUGCAGGCCAUGUUAACCCUACAAAAGCAAAUGACCCGGGGCUCAUCUACGACACACAACCUAUGGAUUACAUUCCUUACUUGUGUGGUUUGAAUUACACAGAAAAAGAGAUACAGAUCAUCACCCAACAAAAAGUGAACUGCUCUCAAGUCGGGGACCGUGAGGAAUGUUGGCCCGAGGUGAACCAGAAGAUUACGUUCCAUGUUGAGUUUAUAGCAGAAGAUGGUGCUGGGAAGGAUGGUGUAGCCUUUGGUCAGGGAUAUUUGAGAUGGGUUUCUGAUAAGCAUAAUGUUACUAGCCCAAUAGGUGUGAUCUUUGACUCUAAGUUUGCAAUGUCGGAGAUUUCAACGACAUCAAGUGGGAUGAGUUGGUACUGCGCCUGUGGGACGAAGAUAAUUCAUCGGUACUGCGCCUGUGGGACGAAGAUAAUUCGUCGGACUUCGUGGACAGAUUUGAACCCAGGAAAAAGGUUCGAUGCUUGUGAUAAAAAUUGGAAUAUCAAAAGAGGUAUGCAUUAUUUCGAGUGUGUGGAUAAUGAAACUUUUCCAAGAGGAAAACAAAUGGUCCCUGGUUUGCUUAGAAGACUUAGAGCAAUGGAGGAGGAAAGUAGAGCAAAGGAAGAAAAAUUGAGAGCUGUGGAAGCAGAAAAGAAAGAAUUGCAACAGAAAUUGAAAGAAAUGGUUCAGGAAAAAAAGGUUUUGGAAUGGGGUCAUGGGCAAAGACAAUUGAUAAUGUGGGUUUCCUUGAUUUUGUCUUCGGGUUUGUUUAUAACAUUUCUGAUGAGUGGGAAGUUGUAA